AUAAAUUGUUUUGAUUUUGGUUCUUUAGAGGUGGAGCAGCUGCUGGAGCCAGAAGAAAGAGACAUUUUGCAGCAGAACGAAGUCCCUGAUAUUAGCAAAAUCUCAACUAAGAAAUGGAACCUAUUUCAUUCACUGGGAUUGUCGCUUCAGAUACAUUUGAUGGACAAACUUCUCGAACUCGGUUGGGAUAUUGAUUCUGCUGAUAAGGAUGGCUAUACUGCUCUUCACAAGACAGUGAUGGGAAAAAAGGAGGCUGUUAUCAGCCAUCUUUUAAGAAAAGGUGCAAAUCCUCUUAUUAGGGACCGGAAUGGUGCCACUGCUUUGCAUUAUGCAGUUCAAGCUGGUGCUAUGCAAACUGUGAAGUUGCUGAUCAAGCACAAGGUGGAUGUCAAUGUUGCUGAUAAUGAUGGCUGGACACCGCUCCAUAUUUCUAUGCAGAGUAGAUCCAGGGAUAUUGCAAAAGUUUUAUUAGUUAAUGGUGCUGAUAAAUCAAGAAGAAACAAGGAUGGAAUGACACCUCUCGAUCUCAGCUUGUGCUAUGGGAGGGACUUCAAGUCUUAUGAUCUGGCAAAGCUACUCAAACUUGUUCCUGCAGACAGAGAUUUUUGAAAAGAGUUUGUGUAUUUUUUCACUGCACUCUUGCGGCGAGAUAAAUCAAAUUGUGUAAAUUUAUGUUUAGUUUCUGUUUUCUCAUCUAACAUAAUUUUUGUGUAAAAUUUAUGUUCCUUUUAACAGUUUGAAAGUAAAUAG